UAGUGUCCAAUCUGUGCCUUUUGUCACUUGUGGUUCUGCUCUAAGUGCGUGUUUUAAUCGCCGCCUUACAGGAUUGUUAUGGAGAUAAAAUGGACGAAAGAAUCACGUGACACACUGAGCUCCUUGAAGGAAGAACAGGAUUAAAACAAUCUGAUUUGAUUUCUUUAGUCUGGUGCAGGCAAAUAGGGGCGCAGCAGCCCUACGUCGGAGAUGCCUCCCCGGAACAGGAGAAGACCGCCAGCUCCGACCAGUCUACCCUGCGACCCUGCUCCAGCAGACAUUAUUACGCUAAGGGCAAGGCAGCCUUCAGGGUAACGGCAGGAGCUGGCUCCAGCAGGGAAGCCGAAGGCCGCCGCUGAGCGCCAGCAGCGCUCACUGGGGCCUAGGAUUCGCUCGUCCUUUCUCUGGCGCUCCGGAAGCGGCGGGGCCAGAGGGCAGUGCGGCUGGGAAGCGGGGCUGCGACUGGCGCCGCUCUGGGCGAGAGAUGGGCAGGAAGGAGCGAGAUAAGAAGAAAUCUAAGAAACGGCAUUAUGAGGAGGAGGAUGAAGAAGAAUAUGAUACCCAAGGUAGAGAUUCCCAGGAAGCAGUUCCCUCGGCAGCAGGGAAGCAAGUGGAAGACUCUGGAACCAAAGUAGAUGAAUAUGGAGCAAAAGACUACAGGAGUCAGAUGUUGCUAAAGGCUGAUCAUUCCUCACGUCCACUAUGGGUGGCUCCUGAUGGCCAUAUUUUCCUUGAAGCCUUUUCACCUGUUUACAAAUAUGCCCAAGAUUUUUUGGUUGCGAUAGCUGAGCCAGUUUGCCGACCGACCCAUAUACAUGAAUAUAAAUUGACUGCCUACUCUUUGUAUGCUGCUGUCAGUGUUGGUCUGCAGACAGGUGAUAUUACUGAAUAUUUGCAAAAGCUGAGUAAGACUGGUGUGCCAGAUGGUAUCAUUCAGUUUAUCAAGCUGUGUACUGUCAGCUAUGGAAAGGUAAAGCUGGUCCUGAAGCAUAAUAGGUAUUUUGUAGAAAGUACUCAUCCUGAAGUAAUUCAGCAACUUCUCCAGGACUCGGUUAUUAGAGACUGCCGGCUGAGAAAUUCAGAGGGGGAAGAAACUGAACUCAUCAUGGAAACAUUCACAAGUAAAUCAGCUAUUUCCAGGUCCAGUGAAGGGGGCAGUGGUCCUUCAACUUCACAAAGAACAGAUGCUCAGAGUAAAUCAGAUGUCCCUGCCGACUUAUUUCAGUUCUAUGAACAAAUGGACAAGGAUGAAGAGGAAGAGGAGGAAACCCAGACUGUAUCAUUUGAAGUGAAGCAGGAAAUGAUUGAAGAACUUCAGAAGCGUUGCAUUCAGCUGGAGUACCCACUAUUAGCAGAGUAUGACUUCAGAAAUGAUUCUGUGAAUCCUGAUAUCAAUAUAGACUUGAAACCCACAGCUGUUCUACGACCAUACCAGGAAAAGAGCUUGAGAAAAAUGUUUGGGAAUGGCCGCGCUAGAUCUGGUGUUAUUGUCUUGCCCUGUGGUGCAGGCAAGUCACUUGUAGGAGUAACAGCUGCUUGUACAGUCCGCAAGCGGUGCCUGGUGCUUGGCAACUCUGCGGUUUCUGUGGAACAGUGGAAAGCCCAGUUCAAAAUGUGGUCCACCAUAGAUGAUAGCCAAAUCUGUCGUUUUACUUCAGAUGCCAAAGACAAGCCAAUUGGCUGUUCUAUUGCUAUCAGCACCUACUCCAUGUUGGGACACACAACAAAGAGGUCAUGGGAAGCAGAGAAAGUAAUGGAAUGGUUGAAGAGUCAAGAAUGGGGCCUUAUGAUUCUUGAUGAAGUACAUACCAUACCUGCAAAAAUGUUCAGACGUGUACUCACCAUUGUACAAGCCCAUUGCAAGCUUGGACUGACAGCUACCCUCGUCAGAGAAGAUGACAAAAUUGUAGACUUGAAUUUCCUCAUUGGGCCUAAAUUGUAUGAAGCCAACUGGAUGGAGCUACAAAAUAAUGGCUAUAUUGCUAAAGUCCAGUGUGCUGAGGUUUGGUGUCCAAUGUCUCCUGAGUUCUACAGAGAAUAUGUAGCUAUUAAAACAAAGAAGCGGAUUCUGCUAUAUACUAUGAACCCAAACAAAUUCAGAGCUUGCCAGUUCCUGAUUAAGUUUCAUGAACGAAGGAAUGACAAGAUUAUCGUCUUUGCAGACAACGUCUUUGCUCUGAAGGAGUAUGCAGUUAGGCUGGGCAAACCUUAUAUAUAUGGACCUACAGCCCAGGGGGAAAGGAUGCAGAUCUUGCAAAAUUUCAAACACAAUCCCAAAAUCAAUACCAUCUUCAUUUCCAAGGUGGGUGACACAUCCUUUGAUCUACCAGAGGCCAAUGUUCUGAUCCAGAUUUCAUCUCAUGGUGGGUCUCGAAGACAGGAGGCUCAAAGAUUGGGACGAGUCCUCAGAGCCAAAAAAGGGAUGGUUGCAGAGGAGUACAAUGCCUUCUUUUAUUCUCUGGUUUCCCAGGACACACAGGAAAUGGCAUACUCAACCAAACGGCAGAGGUUUCUAGUAGACCAAGGCUACAGCUUUAAGGUGAUCACUAAACUUGCAGGUAUGGAGGAAGAAGAACUUAUGUUUUCAUCCAAAGAAGAACAGCAGCAGCUCCUCCAAAAGGUUUUGCAAGCCUCAGACAUGGAUGCUGAGGAAGAAGUUGUUGCAGGAGAGUAUGGCUCAAAAUCAACUCAGGUUUCUCGACACCAUGGCACAAUGAGCUCUAUGUCUGGAGCAGAUGAUACAGUCUAUAUGGAGUAUCAAACAUCACGAAGCAAAGCAUCUUCAAAUAAACAUGUCCAUCCACUUUUUAAACGCUUCAGGAAAUAAUGUAAAGGGACUGUAUUAUGCAUUAUUGUAUUAUGCCAUUGUGCAUCUCUCACUCUUACCAUAAGGAGAAGGCCUGAAUUUGGUUCAGGUUCCUAAAAUUUGGUUAUGUAAUUUCAUAACAUAAUUAGCUAACCAAUGGAACAGUGUGAAGCUGUUCACUCAUUAUAAAGAAAGCUGUUGUAAAUAGGCAUUACCUUUAUUAUUCCUAUAUUGUAUUUUCUAGGUACUCUUUUCAAUCUGUAUUUUUAUUUAACAGUUUAAAAAUAUGGUGCCAGAACAAUUCUGAAAUGAGACUUUUUUGUAUAUAUUUGUAUUAUGUAUAUAGUAAAGGUUUAGAUGCUUGAAAAUAUUGAAUAAAAAUGUUCAGUACAAAAAGAAAAUAUACAGUAUCUCAUUGUCUUUCCCUUUUGAAUCCUCUUGCUGUCCUUUGAGGAGUGCUGCUGAGGCAGUUUAAAUUCAUUAGCACUUUUUGUAAAACCAUAUUUACCACUCUUGUGUAGCUUACUGUAAUAGUUAAGAAUAAAAAAGAACAUGU